AUGCUGGACCCAAACGCUCAAUACACGGCCUACGAGCUCGCCACCUGCCGGCCGCCAUACUGGUGCUACGGCAACACCGAUCUGUAUAACUUUGCCGAACCGUGCGAGUGGGUCACGCUCGACAUGGAGACGUGGUUCUGCAAGUGGUGCCGCUACGCCCAUCAGGCGAACGAGAUGCCGCGCGAACUGGCAGCCGCUGUGCCCAUGCGGUAUACGUCGCCCGUGCCGAGGCCUGAGAGUCUCCUGCGUCGGUGGAUCGCAAUGGUCGCGCCAGGGAGCUUUGAGUGA